GAGGCUGCGCUGGGCCGCGUGUUCGCGCUUCUUCCGGACGGGCGGCUCCUCCCGGCGCUGGAGGCGAAGACGUGGGCGGCCGAGGCGCCCUACAUCGGCACGGCUGCGAGUGGGAGCGCGCGCGCGGCGUGGCGGGCGACCUCGAGCGGCUGCGCGUCGUGGCCGGGGCCGCGGGCGCCGGGAGGUGGUGGCGCGCGGACGCCAGCGCCGAGGCCGCCGCCGAGAUGCUCGGGCGGCACGGCUUCUGCGUGCUGGACGGCUUCAUGCCGCCGCGCAGCGCGCUGGGCCUAUCGCGGGCCGCCCGGGCGGCGAGCGAAGGCGGCCAGAUGCGCGACGGGGUGCUCGGCGGCGGCGGCAGCCACGCUCGAGGCGACUCGGUGCUGUGGGCGAACACCACGGACCCAGCCGCCGCCAUGGCACAGGCGCACGGUGCCGCCAGAGGCUCGGGCGGGCCCGCGUCCGCGGCGGUGCCCGGGCUGGCGGAGCUCCUGCCGCUGGCGGACGCGCUGGUGGGCGACGUGCUGGCGCCGCGCCUCGCGCGGGCGCGGCCCGUCUCGACGAGGAGCCACGCGAUGCUGAGCUGCUACCCAGGGGCCGGGCGCCUGGCGCGGGGGAGGCCGUCGGGCUACCUGCGGCACGUCGACAACGACCGCUUGAUGCCGCGCGGCCGCGACAACGGCCGGGUGUUGACCGCGAUCCUGUACCUGAACGAGGACUGGCGGCCCGAGGACGCCGGGGCGCUCCGGCUGUUCGAGCGGGACCCCCCGCUGCAGGUGCUGCACGACGUGGCACCGCGGCUGAACCGCCUCGUCGUGUUCUGGUCCGACCUCGUGCCCCACGAGGUGCUUGCGCCCGCACGCGACCGCUUUGCCUGCACCAUCUGGUACAAGGACAGCCCCGCGGGACCCUCCUCCGUGCCCUUCGAGCUGGCGCCGGUGCGGCGGCAGCCCGGGGAGCUGGAAGCGCCCGCGCAGAGCGGCGGCGGCGGCGCGGCGCUCUUCCUGGACUGAGCCGGCCCACGCCCCACCCCCGAGCAACCCUCGAAAGUUGCGACCCUGCUGCUUCGUCUUGUUAAAUGCCCAGCAGCAGGCGGACACUCUCUUCCGAAGUCGGGACGUCGCACUCGCUGGCGGUAAUUACGGUUGAGUAAUACAAGCCAUAAAUUGCAUCACCUGCGUUGGGGCAGCGG